AAUCUAUCGACGGCUUCCAUUCUUCACUCGAUUACACUCUGUACAAGUUUGUUUUAAAAUGGCGGCGGAAGCAUCGAGACAGCUGCGUUGAGGAGGCAGGGAGGUGAUGGUGGAGCAGCAGCAGCAGCAGUAGUCGCCCUACAGCAUCAUGGACCGCUCCGGACGGCGGCUACCUGCCACCCACCUGUAGAGUCACACACCCGGCGGCAUGGCGAACACGACCCACGGCGCCCAGGACCGGACAGACAGCCGCUGUGGUGUGACUGGAGGAGCCAUAGUGGAGAAUGGUUCUGUAGUCAAAGACCCGACGGCUUCUCACCUCCACGAUCACACCAACCACCACUGCCACGACUCUAGCUCCACCCGACCCGACCAACCCGUCCUGCCUACCUACAAGCCGUCCUGCUCCACCCCCAUCUACUACAGCAGCCCCCAGAAAAGCUACUCGGACGUGGACCCGGACAGCCACAGCUUGACCUCCCAGGACUCAGGUAUCCCCACUCUGGAGAUCAACCCUCCAGAGCCCAUCCUCCACAGCCACCAGCGUCCAGGCGACAGAGGCCUCGCCCUGGACUCCAGCCAUGACUCUCCCGCCACUUUGCCUCUGGAUAACGACGACAGCGCCAUGCGGAAGUCCUCCACCUUCCCCCGCAGCGGCUACGACUCCGUCCGCCUCUUCAGCCCUGGCCUCAGGUUGUCCACCACCAUGGGGACGGGCGUCGGGGGCGGAGCCUUGAACCGCAGCGACGACAUCUCCGUGUGCAGUGUGUCCAGCAUGAGCACCGAGCUGUCGGUCUCCAAUGAAGACAUCCUGGAUUUCACCGUCACGUCCGACUCCAGCGCCAUCGUCACCUUGGAGACGUACAACAGCGGCGCCGGCCACUUCUCGGACGUGACGUUGUCGUCGUCGCCGGGAGACCCCAGAGACUUAUGGAGUCCAGCGCGACUGCAUCAGCAGGAGGAGGAAGGAAGGCACAAGAAGCUGGGGCCUCUAGCAAGCUUAUUCACAAGGAGCCUGUUUUCCAGGAGGGCCAAGGAAAGUCGGUCGGUGGAGCAGAGGGAUCCUGGCUGGAAGCUGUUUGGGAAAGUUCCACCUCGGGAAGGCCCCAUCAAGGACCCGAAGAAAAUACAGAAGGAAUAUGAAACAAAGAGUGGCAGAGCUGGACCUGGCAACCCGACAUCUCCCAGGCAGAGUGUGAGGAAGAACCUGGACUUCGAGCCCCUCUCCACCACUGCACUGAUUCUGGAGGACAGACCUGCUAAUCUGCCUGCCAAGCCAGCUGAGGAGGCCCAGAAGCACCGACAGCAGUAUGAAGAGAUGGUGGCCCAGGCCAAGAAAAGAGAGUUGAAGGACGCUCAGAAGAGAAAGAAGCAACUGGAGGAUCGAUGCAAGCUUGAGGAGAGCAUCGGAACGGCAGCACAGACCUGGAACCAAGAGAUCUUACCCAACUGGAGUACGAUGUGCACAUCUCGACGAGUGAGGGACCUCUGGUGGCAGGGCAUCCCCCCCAGUGUCAGGGGCAAAGUGUGGAGCCUGGCCGUGGGCAACGAUCUCAACAUCACACACGAGCUGUACAGCAUCUGUCUGGCCCGAGCAAAAGAGAAGUGGAAGACCACAGCAGCACCCACCGCAGAGACUGAAACUGAAGAUGCAGGUUCUUCAGACAGGGAGUCCAGUCUGGAGCUGAUCAAGCUGGACAUCUCCAGAACCUUCCCCCAACUCUGUAUCUUCCAGCAGGGCGGGCCCUACCACGACGUGCUGCACAGCAUUCUGGGAGCCUACACAUGUUACCGGCCAGACGUCGGCUAUGUGCAGGGAAUGUCGUUCAUCGCGGCAGUGCUGAUCCUGAACCUGGACACGGCCGACGCCUUCAUAGCUUUUGCCAAUCUGCUCAACAAGCCCUGUCAGAUGGCCUUCUUCAGAGUCGACCACAGCCUUAUGUUGACUUACUUUGCGGCGUUUGAAGUGUUCUUUGAAGAAAAUCUACCAAAGCUCUUUGCACAUUUCAAGACGAACAACUUGACUCCUGAUAUUUAUUUAAUCGACUGGAUCUUCACUCUGUACAGUAAGUCGCUGCCGUUGGACCUGGCGUGUCGGGUGUGGGACGUGUUCUGCAGGGACGGCGAGGAGUUCCUGUUCCGCACGGCGCUGGGCCUGCUGCGACUCUACCAGGACGUCCUCACCUGCAUGGACUUCAUCCACAUGGCUCAGUUCCUCACCCGCCUGCCCGACCUCAUCCCCGCCGAGCAGCUCUUCCAGCACAUCGCCGCCGUCCACAUGACCAGCCGCAACAGGAAGUGGGCGCAGGUCCUGCAGGCGCUGACCGAACAGAAGAGAUCCGGAGCGAGGCAGCCCGGUGCCGAGGCGCUGAGCUGAGAUCAGCAGUGAACCCACCACACACUAAUGGACUCCACCAGAUCCCCUCCAGCCUUCAGGAAAACCUGCAGGGUGACCUUCCAUCAGGCCGGGACCCUGGAGGGGGGAGUCUGUCGGCGACGAGGCAGGGCUGUGUGAAAGGAAUACGAGGCCUUAUUUAACUCCCAAAAACCCCACCUCUGCUCAGAGGCCCGGCAGCGAGCUGGAAACUGUAGCUGGGAAAGAAAGGCUGAAGAAUGUAAGACACACUCCCACAUACAUGCAUCCACCAGGCUGACUCAGACGCCAGGAAACCACCGAGAUCCAAUCCUCCACGUUCCAAUCUCUGCUGUCAGUUCCACUCGUCUUUCCUUUAGAGUUUGAUGGGACGCAUCUUUAAAAAAAAAAUAACCUCCAGCGGUAAAAAAGUGGGACAUCAGCUUCUGUCUCUUUGUCUCUCUGUGUCUCUGCACCUUUAUUUCCACUCAAAACUUUAAUCAUUCCUUUGAGUUGGAUUUACUCUCUGUUGAUUUCAUUGUUGCUGUCUGUCUGUGCACAUUUGUUCCCUGAACCAUUCCAUGAAGUCAACUCUUCAAAAAAAAAAAAGAAGAGUUUUGUUGUUCUGGAUCCAUGAAGAUACGACACAAAUGCACAUGAGAAUGUCGCGUUGUUACACGUUGUGAAACGUUGUGAAACGUCUAAAGCCUGUGAAAUGACUUUUACAGGAUAUUUAUGUUGAUGAAGCUGGAAUAAAACCUGCGGUGGGAUGCUGUCAGAAACACUGCGUUGUGCUUGUGGUGCGUUUGAGGUACAUUUCAGCUUGUUUUGAUUCCUGAAGUCUUGGUGUGAGUGUGAAAUCUUAUUUAUCAAACCGGGAUUGGUUCGGAUCGAAUGAAGAUUUUUUUUUGUUCCUUAAGUCUCAACCCAAAGCAGAAACUGGUGUGUGAUAAUCGUCGACUUGUUCUGGCGGCUUCCUGUCACGUAUGUCCGGUCCCACCUGGCUCUUUGGUUUGUUAAUCGUGUCAGUUAGGCUUUCGCGGCUGCCGAUGCUACAUUCACACUGUGGUAAACGUGUCGCUCCACCCUGACCAGCAGUGGGCGGGGCCUGUAGUGACAUCGCUGCGAGAGUAUUGCUUUGUUUGUUUGUUUUAAAAGCCCGUUUUGCACAAACCUAAACUAGUGCUGGACUCUCACUGAGACGUUCAGUCGUCCCGCUCUGGCUGCUUCAUCUGAUGUGUCGUGCUACUGAUUCUGUGUGAUAAAGGUCUCUUUGUUGUUGUUUUUUUCUCUCUGUUUGGCGUCUUGUCUCCCUCCUAGCUGAGGUGAAACUUUCACAGAUAUCUGGACCACAAGUGAGAGAGUCCGAGUUCAUUUGUAGCUCAUCCUCCUCUGCGUUUGCUUCACCUCGACGCCGUGCAGCAGACUUUCUGAUCGCUCUUGUUACUUGCACACCUUCCCCCUCCUCCUCCGCUGUGGUUAAACACCGCAGGACUGCAAUAAAGCUUUUUGCACAUACAGACAUGUAAGCCUUUUGGUUGUGCCUCGUAUCAUCACUUUAUGUCAUCGCUCACGGUCUAAACGGGUUUUCCAUCUUCGUUUCUUUUCCCUUUUCCUUUUCUUUUUUAGUAGCUGACACUGCAACCUGAGUCUUUCCACUAUGAGUUACUAAUUAGUUGUUACAUUAAAGGCUGGUUUUGGAUUUUGAAUUGGCCCUUCCAGCUUUAUCGACACUACCUGUUUAAUCCUCGUGGUUUAAACCAAAAUUCUAACUAAAUUUAAAUUAAAAAAUGUAUUAUACCAUUGCUUAAUAAUCAGGUCGGUCGCUGGAUGUCUUAAAUUUUGCGUUGUCUGACUUUUCUGUUUUAUUUUUUUGUUUUUCCCCUAAGAGACCCGUGUACUGUAGAGGACUGAUAAACAUACAUGGAGACAGCAGAGGGUCACCAUGCAACGGUAUCUCACUUGAAAUGUAUAUAAAUGACGGUUUUAUUAUAAUAAAAAGCUGUACAUACUCCAGAA